AUCCCCUCCAAAAUUCGCUUUGUCAUAGCUCGUUUGUGGUGGACGAUUGUCCAGUUGCCGGAUUUUAUUCGGCAGUGAACAUCCAUCUUAGACGUGCCGAUGUACAAAAUGAAACACUUGGUUUUAUUGUGUGUUUUUAUAACAGUUUCUCUUGGUGUAAAAGAAGAUGAUGGCAUCUCUCUGUCCGCAAGGGGAGCUGGAAGCCUGGAACAAGUGACCAAACCAUUUAUCCAAUACCAUAACGUGUCGGUAACAUCGGUAAGAAAAAAUGAGAAAAAUGUUUGUGGGCGUUGCUGUAGGGCUUAUCGUACGGAGGAGGAAAUUCCAUCAGAAUGUAAAGAGAAAUGUAGAAGUGAUGUUGGCAUUUGCAUAAGGCUUUGCGAUGACGGUUGCAACGACGGAGAGUGCGAUACUCCUGAUGACUGUCAAUGCCCCGACGGAUUUAUUUUACAGGGCGAAAGUUGCAGGCCCGCUUACCAUAAAAGAUGUGUGAACUCUUACUGCGCGGUUCCUGGCGCGUGCGAAUGCUUUCCCGACCCGGUGAAAGCGUUCAAAUCCCUCUGCGUCACGACAUGUGAGAAAAACACAACUGAAGAUUGCUGUCAUGGUCUUGGAAAUAAGACCGAAAGCCUUGUACGCAGAGGCAAAAAAAAGUUUUAUCUGCCGGAUGGCGUGAAGGCUGUAACGGUCCCGACCGAUUGCAAAGCUUUGGUCAGAAUGAACAAACGUACUGAAAAUUUUUCGGGUGCGUUUUUCGAAUGUCGAACAGGCCUGGAAGGCGAAUCGGCCUACAGCUUCUGUCAGUUGGCAUCAGGCAAAUACACCUCAAACCACUACCCUACAAUUUCAACUAACAAUACGCAUAUUAAUAAAAUAUUACAUGUAAAUGUCAGUUUCACAUUUGUAUACCCGAUUGGUGAAAAUUCAACUGGAAUUUGUGAACUUUGUUUCUGCAACGAUUAUCUCACGAUAGGAAAGGUACGGAUCAUUCGAUUGUGUCCGUGUGUUCAACCUCAACCGACUUCAAUUAUUAUUUUGGAAAGUUUAACAUUGUACAUUCUUCUCCUUAUAUUACUCGUACUACUUCUUUUAAUAAUUAUUCUCAUCACUUAUAAAAUGGUUUACAAAAAAGACAAAAUUGAAAGUUAUAAGCCUUUUAUUUUCAAUAAAUUUCAUUAGUUUCCAAGUGGGACGAUGCUGCAUAUUAAUGAUGGGUUAUUAAGUACAAAACAUCCAAGAGUCGAAGUUCCAUUUUGGAUUUUACUAUUAGCUCAAGAAGUUCCUUCAAUUUUGUAUUAGUAGAUUUACCAAAACGUUACAUAAAUGUUCACAUUCACUUAAUUCUGUAGAUUAGGUUUUGUAAUUUAUUUGUAAAUAUAUUAUAUUAUCGAA